CCGACGUCACGGUGCGACGCGGUGGUGGUGAUCGUGUCGUACGUCGCCAGUAGGGCCGUAGAAUUCUAGAAGGGGGUCAUCAUACGAGGCCGCCGAGCGGCGGGCCAGCCGAGAACCAGUAUACGGGUGUCGUUCUGCGCGGACUGAGCGGAAGAAGCGAGAGACGCGCGUCGGAGGACCACACGAGAGCGGCGUCGCCGUGUCGUCGUUGUAAAUAAAACGAAGCGCAGUCCGUGACGCGUCGUCGCGCGGUGCUACUGCACGCGAUUUUUCACGCGGGGUGCUAACUCAAAGGGGUUUACCUCGAAAGGAUUUUACACGAGUUCCGGUUCGUCGGCAUCAUCCUCGCGAACGGAUACGUCUACGAUCGCGAGAUAAUAGCGGCCGGCUCAAAAAUUACUUGAUGUGCUGAGGAUGCGCCGUGAUUUCUGCAACGGUGGGCUUGCCUGCGCCGUUGUGUGGGUGUCGUCGACUUGUCUGCUACUCGUUCUCUCGCUGUCGACAUCGAUCACCGCUGAGCCACUGCUGAAAGUUGCCGGUCGAUGUCCGUCUCUCGUCGAACAGAAUGUAUGUCCAUCGAGAGCGCCGGCCUGCAAGAAUGACUACGAAUGUCAGGGGACGCCGGGAGAACGAUGCUGCAAAACCGCAUGCGGUCUCCGCUGCGUCGCGGGCGAGCUGACCGGAUGUGAACAGCUGGCGUUGGCGGCUGUGAGAAGAUCACGGGCCCUCGGCGAUCGGGGUCCGUCGCAGUUCGUGCCGCGGUGUAACAACGCGACCGGCGAAUUCGAGAGGAUACAAUGCGAGCCACACGGCCGCAGCUGUUGGUGCGUCAAUGAGAUCGGCGCCGAGAUACCCGGCACCAGGGCGCCCAGCAAGAGUGUCAUAGACUGUGACAGGCCUCGCGAUUGUCCAGCCCACAGCUGUCGAAUGCUCUGCCCUCUGGGAUUCGAAAUCAAUGAGGUCACCGGCUGCCCCAAAUGCGAGUGUCGGGAUCCCUGUCACGACGUUACCUGUCCAGGGACUGGACAGACAUGCGAAUUAAUCGCCGUGAGCUGUUUUCGGGAGCCGUGUCCACCGAUACCCAGCUGUCGGAAGACCAGAUCCUUAUCGACAAUCUGUCCGGCGGGCGAACCCUUGCAGAUCACCGAUUCGCCACGGCCAUUCCUUUGCGGCGACACGCCAGGUAAACCAACUUGUCCGCCGAUGUACAGCUGCCUGGUAGAACCCAAACAGGAAUACGGGGUCUGUUGUCCAUCCAACGUGAAGCUGCAACGACCCGGCACGUGUCCUGCAGAGGAAUCGACGACAAGUUCAUGCGGGGCUAUCUGUCGUUAUGACCUCGAGUGCCCUGGUCCCCAAAAGUGCUGCAGCAGCAAGCAUUGCGGUGGUAACGUGUGCGUGAUACCUCAGGAUCUGAGCGCGUGUCAUCGCGACCGCAUGCUCGCCGAGAUACUCAGUGUCUCCGAGCGUCAGGGUCGUGGCUAUAUUCCGCAAUGCACGGAAGAUGGAGAUUUCGAGACGAGACAAUGCUCGAGAAACGGACUUGUCUGCUGGUGCGUGGACGACGAGGGUAGAAAGAUAUCCGGAUCCAUGGGUCCCGCCGAGAAGAUUGAUUGUAGAUCGAUAAGCAAAGCACGCUCACUUCCGGCGUCUUGCACGUUUCAACAGUGCGCUCAAGUCUGCCAGUACGGCUUCAAAACUGACGCUUCCGGUUGUCCGACUUGCGAAUGCGAUGAUCCAUGCGAGGGAUUUCCAUGCCCUGAAGGACAGGAAUGUAUUCUAAAGCGGGAGAACGGCUGUCCCGACUUUCUCUGUCCGACAAAACCGGAAUGUAAACCCAGGAAGACCUACAAGAGUCCCUGCGAUUUCGGUACACCGUUGAUCGAUCAGGAUGGAAACGCUGCGACUUGCUCGACUAAUGAAACUUGUCCCGACGGCUAUAAAUGCACAAUGAUAUUGGAAGCUGGUCAAUCGGUGUGCUGUAUGGAACCGUCAAGCCCCGCGAAAGCACCCACAAUGUGCGAAUAUCUGCGGGACUUCAACGAUCGCAUGGAAGGUACAAGGGAGGGAAUGUCCUUGGCAAUCUCAGCUCCUCAAUGCGAACAAGAUGGUAGUUACAAAUCUCUACAAUGUCACAAUAAUACCAGCUGCAAAUGCGUGAAUCAUCGCGGAGUAAUCUUGAAGACUGAUCUGGAUCCAUCGGCCUCGGCCGACUGUGAAGCCAUCAAGGAACUCACGAGGAUCUGUAAACGUCUGUAUUGCAAUCUGAUCUGCCCGUAUGGUUAUGAGGUGGAUGUAGCCGGCUGUGAACAAUGUCGUUGCCACGAACCGUGCCACGAUGUCACCUGCGGUCCGCACGAGACCUGCACGAUGAUCGACGUGAACUGCGGCCCGAACGAAUAUUGUCCGGCGGUACCGGCGUGUCUUACAACCAAGCCGGGUCAGUGCCCAUACCUCGUGCCGAGCUCAUCGAGUUGCGAGCUGCAGUGCAGCAAUGAUCAAGAGUGCCCAUCCGGCGACAAGUGUUGCUCGACCGGCUGCGGCACGCAAUGCGUGGCACCGGUUAUGGCCACGGCUUGCCAACACGCUCGUGCGGUCGCCGAACAUGCCGCCAGAGAAUCGGGUGAACCCGCGAGAAGAAUCUACAUACCCAGAUGCGAUACCAACGGCGCGUUUGAGCCGGUGCAAUGUCACAAUGGCAUAUGCUGGUGCGUAGAUGAGGAGGGGAAAGAAGCCGCCGGCACUCGAGUUCUGGAAGGGAUCGUGCCGCGCUGUAAUACACCCUUGAGAUGUCCGGAAAUCGAUUGCAAGCUGGACUGUCCAGAUGGCUUCGAGCUAGACGCGGACACGGGCUGCCCAACGUGUUCAUGCCGCGACCCGUGUCGCAGCGUAACGUGCCGUGGUGAGAACGAAGCGUGUCGGAUGGUGGAGGUCGCGUGUAGCGCACCGCCGUGUCCUCCGGUACCAGUCUGCUUGCCGAAGAAGGAUAAUCCAUGCCCAAAUAGCUCACCGUUACUCGAUCAAAACGGCUCGGUCGCUAUCUGUGGUCCGCAUGGUCGUCAUUGUCCUUCGACGCACAAAUGCGAGCUAUCGCCGUUGGACGAGUACGCUGUGUGCUGCCCGAAACCGCGUGAAGUCUGCUUUGAGCCACCCCGAAGGGUACCCUGUAAUCCAAGCGCAGGUUUUAACGAGACCGAGAGAUGGUUCUUUGAUCCAGAACGCAAUGAAUGCCGACGCAAGCACGAGUGUACCUUAGGUCACAAUGAUUUCUCUAGCCGGCUGGUGUGCGACACUGUGUGUCCUGUACUAUCGCAAUGUGAAAGACUACGUGAAAAGAACUUGAAGCGGUCGCAGCGACUCAAACAACCUACAUUCCUACCCAAGUGCAAUCCUGAAAGCGGAAUGUGGGAACCGAUACAGUGUUUGGAGCAUGUCGGUGUUUGCUGGUGCGUGAAUCGAAAAGGCCAGCCGGUUAAGGGUUCGCUCACUCGAGCCGCCGAGCCAAAGUGUAACUUUCGGCAAGCCAGACGAGGUGGCAGAAGACCAGAAUCGCAAGAGAUAGAUCGUGAAAUUCAAGCGAUCAUGGAAGACGCUCUGCUGAAUUUGGAAACGGAUGAACGACGAACAGAAAAGAUCCUCGGAACUAGAUGUCAGGCGAUGAAGGACAAAGGCCACGUGCCGGCGAUAUGUGACCCACAGGGCAGAUUUGAACCUACGCAAUGUGCCGGCGAUACUUGCUGGUGUGUAGAUGAAGCCGGUAAUCAAUUGAUCGGAUCUGAACCAUUUUUUAAGGGAACGAGCAUUUGCUUGCCCACUCCAGUCGAAGCUGUAGACGUGACGUUACGUUUUCCCGGUCGAUUCCUGGCCACAGAUGAGACGCGAUUCGCCAAAGAGGCUGAAAAUUUUCUGCAUGAGCUCGGUGCGAGACUCCGGAAAGAGAUUCGAGUGGAAAUUAACCAGGAUUCAGCGAUUUUGAGCUUCGAAAUUGUCGGCGCGAAUAAAGUGGACGUGGCAUUCCAUUUGGAAGAACUCACGCGAAUUCAGAAGUUAUCCAUGCUGGGUUCGUCCGCGGAUGCAACGACCUCGCGUUUUACACAUCGCUCCACACCUGUGGCCACGCAGAGUCGAAUCGUCGCGUUAGAACAACGUGAGAUUCUCACGCAAAUGGAAACGCCGUUUUACCAAACAGCCACGAUCGUGCUCGCAGCAAGUAGCGCCUUCGUCAUUAGCAGCCUCGUGAUUCUAUUGAUGCUGUACCGCAAAAAGAUGAAGGUAAAAGAUCCCACGAAGACGUUUCCCAUGGACCAACACUUUCUCGCUUAUAGCCAACAGCCCGUUUACGUGAUAUCAGGGGCAGAGCAGAAUGAAAAGGAAAAGGAAACUGAAGCGCAGCAGAUGCUAGAGAAUAUUCAUACAUCGGAUACUAUCAUCGGAGCAUAAAAUGAUUCAAUGCUUUUUACAUAGGUAAUUUUCAUCUUGUACGAUAGAGAUUCUUAAGCUUCUCUUUUUCCAGGAGUACUCAAGUAGAACGAUUUAUAAGGAGUUUAAUGGAGUUAAUGGAUAUAAAGAGACGUGUUGAAAUCUUUCUAAGUAUGUGACAUUUAUCAUUUCCAAAAAUUGACAAUUAUAUGAUAAUAUAAUUUUUUAUAUUUAAUUAUUGUCUCUUCAAAUUUAAUAGAUUCUCUCAAAUUAUUCGCUCUUCUAUUCUUAUAAUAUGCAUCGGUAAGGAGAAAAUUUUUAAAGAUAUAUAUAUAUAUAUAUAU